AAUCGGUAAUGUCCACAUGCUAACACUUCAGAACGCUUAUAAAGAGGUAAACGGGUGAGUGAUAUUGGGAAUUAAAGAGGAGUGAAGUAGAUCUUUGAGGAGACACCUAACUGGAUCUUCACAUUGACAUGGAGCUUUCAGGGCUUCUGCUCAUGUCCGUCUCCUUCGCUGUGAUGUCAGUGUCUGCACAGGACAUGUUUCUGGUUACAGCCCCCAGUGUUUUCCACUUGGGGGUGAGGGAACGCGUGUCUGUACAGCUGCAGUCAGACCUCAACCAGCCUGUGUCGCUGUAUCUGGAGCAUGAGACAAGCGGGACGCUGAUGUCGAACAAAGCCAGCUUUCAGAUGGCUGAGCAGGGGGAGACUGGCCUUGUGGAGCUGGAGGUGGACAAAGGGAAGCUGUCCCUCCUCCCUAAAGAAUCACCCCCCUACCUGAUGCUGGUGUGUGAAAUCCGGCCGGGGCAGAGGGAGAUGGUCAGGGUGCUGGUCUCCGAGCACAGAGGCUACAUCUUCAUCCAGACGGACCAGCCUGUCUACAGCCCCACACAGUCAGUAAAUUACAGGAUAUUCACCCUGGAUCACGCUAUGAAGCCCUAUGGAGAGUUUAUAUCUUUCGCCGUCUUUAAUGCAGGAGGAAACAAGGUAACAUCUGGGAUGGUACGAACCAAAGAUGGAACCAUUACUAGAAAACUGAACAUCCCCGACGUCUCAGAACCAGGCACCUGGAGGAUCAUGGCUCAUUAUCUGGGCGAUGAGAAGAACGCUGCUACACGGGAGUUUCGGGUGCAGAAGUUCGUCAUGCCCAGUUUCGACGUGUCCAUCGUGCCCGAGGAGAGCUACUUCCUGGAGACCCUGAAGGAGUUUAACUUCACCAUUUAUGCCUCGUACUCAUACGGUAAGCAGGUAAAGGGGGCGUAUCACUGCCGAUUCGGUGUGAGAGAGGAGGCGGCGAAGGAGGCAGACAAACCGAGCACUGCCUUCAUCAGGGGGCUGCAGAGGACCGGCUCGUUAGAAGACGGCAAGGCGGAGGUCGGCAUCCUCACAUCCCAACUGAAGCAUCUUCUCGCAGAGCGCGGUGCUAACCUGACCCAGCUCGCGUCGGAUAAAGUACAGCUGCACAUCGCAGUGUCGGUCACGGACACGGCCAGUGGGGAACUGCAGGAAGCGGAGCUCUUCCUCCCCAUGGCUUCCCGGAGGUUCUCCGUGGACUUGUCCCGCACGCGCUCACACUUCAUUCCCGGAGUGCCUCUUCGUGUCUCUGUGCUGGUUCGUCUCCCAAAUGGCUCCCCAGCAGCUGAUAUUCCAGUGCGCAUUGAUGUGCCCAGGUCAUCUGAUUUAACCCGCAGUGGUUUUACAGACCAUGAGGGGGCACUGCAUUCCACUUUCAACAACAUUCCAGUUGGCGACCAACCUGUGACUAUUACGGUGACCGUUGAUGAUGGUGUUCAUGAGAAGAUCGUUUAUCCUUCCAUGUCACAAAGCAAACAUUACCUGUACAUGGAUGUCAGUCCAGGCAUUGUUAGUCUGAGGGAAAGUGUCUCGGUGGAUUUCACUGUGGUCGGUGGGAAACCACGUGAUGGACGGAUUCACUACCUGGUUCUUAGCAAAGGAGUUCUUAGAGGAAACAAAUCUCUAGAGACAGAAUCGGUAGCAAGAUCUUCCAUCUUGGUCAGCGGUGACCUCAUCCCUUCUUUCCGCGUGAUUGGUUACUACUACAACCAGGCUGGUGACAUCAUAGCUGACUCACUUUGGGUGGACGUUAAGGACGUCUGUGAAGGGAAGAUUUCCCUGACUUCAAAGAGCCAGUACACACCGGGCAGUAAAGCCAACUUGGACAUCAACCUGGAAGGGCAGAAGGCCACAGUAGCCCUGCUGGCUGUAGAUAAAGCCAUUUAUGCUUUGAACGCCCAGAACAAGCUCACAGCCAAGCAGGUGUUCGCAUCCAUGCAGUCCUACGACCUGGGCUGCUCUUACGGAGGGGGCCGGGAUACAGCUGACGUCUUUAACGAUGCCGGACUUUCCUUCAUCUCCCACUCCAAAGAGGCCACCUCCAGGAUGAGGAAAGGGUUUGGCUGCGAGUCGGGCUUCAGACGACAGAAACGUUCCCUUGACCUGCAGCAGUUCAUGAUGUCCAAAGUUCUUAGUUACGAAAGCGUGGAGCUUCAGCGCUGCUGCCAGGAUGGCUUCACCCUGAUUCCCAUGAAGCGUACGUGUGAGGAGCGUGUCGGCAGGGUGUCCCAGACUGGGGCGGGGGCAGCCUGUGCCACGGCCUUCCUGGAAUGCUGUCGGGAGGGCAUGGCGCAGAGGAAGCUAAUGAGAGCCCAGAGGACACAUGGCAGGACAUUCGACGUGGCUCACAUGGAAGACUUCUUCGACACCAGUGUCACCACUAUCCGACGCUUUUUCCCGCCCAGCUUUGCGUUUGAUGAGUUUCAGGUGGAUGGGAGCAGAAGACACGUCCUGGUUCUGCCGGACUCCAUCACAACCUGGGAGAUUCAGGCUAUCAGUCUCUCCUCAUCUCAUGGAAUCUGUGUCUCGGAUCCCCAUGAGCUGCUCACCUUCAAAGAGCUGUUUGUCUCGCUGCGCUUGCCGUACUCUGUCAGGCAGUACGAGCAGCUGGCCGUUGCUGCUGUCGUCUACAACUAUGGUGAUAAAGAGCGAAAGCUGUCCAUCCACAUGAAGCCCGUGGACGGCCUGUGCUCCCCAGGCUCCGCCUCCACCCUCUCCUACCUCAACGUCACCGUCUCCAGCGGCACCUCCCAGACGGUGACCUUCCCUGCGGUUCCCAUGGUCAACGGCAAGAUCCCCAUCACCUUGAGUGUGUUUGACAAGGAGGAAGAAAUGGUCCUAGACACUAUUGAGAAGGAGCUACUUGUAAUGACAGAAGGGGUGCAAAAGAGAGACGAGAAGACAUAUUUUAUCAACUUCGAUGCAGGGAGAGCCAGGCAGCAUUUCCAGAUCGAUGGACUCUUUCCAAACAGCACGAUUCCUGAAUCUCCCACCAACAUUUUCGCCAGGAUUGAGGGGGAGGUGUUUGGCCAGUCCACAGCGCUGCCUUUGCUGUCCCCCGCGGGGGUGCAGGCUCUGCUGACGGCCCCCAUGGGCUGUGCGGAGCAGACCAUGAUCCGGAUGUCCCCGACGGCCCUUGCCCUUCGGUACCUGGACCACACCCAGGGCUGGGUGGAGCUGCCCCCGGGGAGCAGAGAUGUGGCUCUCGGCCAUGUUGAGAAUGGUUAUUCCAGAAUUUUGACAUUUAGGAAGUCUGAUGGCUCUUAUGGAGCAUGGACAAAUCACCCAUCCAGCUACUGGCUGACAGCCCUGGUUGUGAAAGUGAUGUCUCUGGUGGUUGAUCGACAGCUGGAGGGCAGGGGACAGAAAGAGAGGGUGGAGGUCGGCGUCUCCCAGGACGAGAUCCAAAAGUCGGUGGAGUACCUGAUCGCAAAGCAGGGCGAAAAUGGCAGCUUUACUGACCCCAAUCCGGUCAUUCACAGGGAAAUGCAGGGGGGUGUCGGGGGUGUGGAGGGGGACGUGUCGCUCACUGCCUUCAUCACCAUCGCCCUGAAUCAUUCCCUUCGCCAUCUGACUGGAAGCACAAAGAAAAACACGGAGGACAGCAUCUCUCGCUCCACAGCUUUCAUCCAGUCCCGUUUCUCAUCGCUGGAGAGACCUUACGCUGCCGCUAUUGCGGCCUACUGCCUGUCAGUGUGCGGGAAUGAUCCCCAAGCGGCCUCCUUCGCCUGGAAAAACCUCCAAGCGUUAGCUACCGCUGAGGAGGAAUGCAGAGUAUGGCGCUCCAAGUCGGAUACCCGAUUACAGAACGAGCUACGGCACUACCUAGUGCCCCCGUCAGAAGCCAUCACCGUGGAGACCACUGGCUACGCCCUUUUGGCCGCCUUGGCCAAUAAAGACCUGGAGUGGGCGGAUUCUGCCGCUUGCUGGCUUUCUAAGCAGGAGAACUAUGGCGGAGGGUUUAGGUCCACGCAGGACACCAUUGUAGCGUUGGAGGCUCUUUCUGAGCUUGCAAUAAGCAGGCCCCCCCAGCCCCCCCCAAAGAUGGAUGCAAAGUUUUCCGUGCCGGGGAGGAGCCAGACAGAGAAGCUCGCGCUGGAAAAGAAAGGGGACCGAGUGCAGGUGGAACUGAAGAGGCUACUUGGGGCCACAAUUAAUGCAGAGCUAACAGGAAACGGAAAAGCCAAACUGAAGGUGGUUAAGGCCUACCAUGUACUGGAGCCUGUUGAAAGCUGUGAGCUUCUCUCCAUCAAAGUCACCGUGGAAGGCAAAGUGCAAUACACUGCUGAUGUGAUGUAUAACUAUGACUAUGAAGAGUAUUCUGAUGUGGACGAUGGGAACAGACACAGACGGGAUGUGGACAGACAGGAUGAGGACAGACGGGAUGUGGACAGACGGGAUGUGGACAGACGGGAUGUGGACAGACAGGAUGAGGACAGACAGGAUGAGGACAGACAGGAUGAGGACAGACAGGAUGAGGACAUCCCUCGCUCCGAGAUCGACUGGUUCGACGCUCGCAGUCGUCGCAGGAGGGACACAGAGCAGAGUGACCAGAACACAGUUGUAUACUCUGUGUGCGUCAGUCACCCCCCGAGCAGGAACCUCUCCGGAAUGGCCGUCGCUGACAUCACGCUGCUCAGCGGCUUCCAGGCGCAGAGAGAAGAUCUAGACAAACUGAAGGACCUGACAGACAGGUAUAUUUCCCAUUACGAGAUCGAGGACAGCAGAGUGCUUCUGUACUUCAACGAGCUCCCAGAGGGAUCGACGUGCAUCGCGUUCGAUGCCACGCAGACGGUGGCGGUGGGGCUGGUGCAGCCGGCUCCCGCCGUUUUCUAUGAUUACUACGAGCCCGACAGGAGGUGCACCACCUUCUACGCCGCGCCCAGUAGGAGCAGGAUGGUGUCCACGCUCUGCUCGGGGGACGUGUGCCAGUGUGCGGAGAAGCCGUGUUAUAAGGAAAAGAAAACCUUCGAAAUGAAGAUCAGAAAACGGACCCGCUUUGACUUUGCCUGCUUCUCCCCAACUGUGGACUACAGUUAUAAAGUAAAAGUUACCAGCAUCUCCGAAAAGGGUAACUUUGAACUCUACGAGAUGAGAGUGAAUGACGUUCUCCGAUCUAACGGUGACAUUGGCGUGAGGGCAGACAGUGUCCGGGUGUUUGCCAAGAGGCGCCACUGUAAGGGGCAGCUGGAACUGGAUCAGAUCUAUCUCAUCAUGGGCCAGGACGGCAGCACCAAGGACACCAGCGGAGAGAUGCAGUACUUGCUGGACUCUUCAACCUGGGUUGAAAAGCUGCCCUUGGAAAGCAAAUGCAAAACAACAAACAAGAUUUUAUGCAAUGACCUGAAAGAUUUUUCAAAAGAGUACCUGGACAAUGGCUGCACUCAGUGAAUGUGGCCAUGUGGCAAGGAGGAAGUGCAAUGAAAAUAGAGACCAGCGCCGUAUUAGCAGUGUCGUGGGUUCCUUGCGCCCUCUGCUGGACAUUACUUGGUAGUGUCAGUUUAUUUUUUUUAUGAAAAAAAGCCUUUAAGUGGUAAAUCUUUAAUUUCACAAUUGUUAGAACAGAUCAACAGGCAAAUAACUUUCAAAUUACUUAUGCAGCUUUGCAGGCUUCAAAUUGUAUUUUCUACUGAUAUAUACCAUAUAUUACAUGUACUCAUUAAGUGUCCAAAGUGCUGUAAAGUUGAAGAUCAAAGUUCAGGGCCAGUCAGUGUCCCUGUUGGGUUUAGGGCCGUCUUCAAGUGCCCAAUUUAGAUAUUAAACCAAAUUAUCCAACAUCACUGAAUAUCAGCACUCAUCUUUAUGUUAAUAUGCUCUUCUGGAUCCUGUCAUGUUUGUACAAUGAUCAUAUAAAACUCAAAUACGAA